AUGACGGAUCUGAAGGGCGAAGAAAGUGCAGAAAGUGUUGAAGAGCCGGAAGAGGUGGAAAUCACGGGAAUUCACAGGGAGAAAUUCAGGAAGCUCGUGAAUCGUGUUGUGAUGUUCAAUAUAUGGCAAAAUGUAACCGCCAAGGAUUCACUGACGGCAAGGAAUUUGGAUGUGAAGAUGAGACUCAGCGGACCGCGAGCGUUUCUCAUCCAGAGAGACUGUGAUAUCCUCCAAAUCCCACCGCAAAAGAGGACAAAGGAGCAGAAUGGACUCAUUUCCAAGAUUCUCAACAGGAUUGUCUGCCUCAGGAGAUUCUCUAAAGAUAUUCGGGAAAAUCUCGCUCAUAUUAUAUACUACAACAGCUAUGGCAAAGGCAGAACAGUGGUGAAGGAAGGACACGAAGCUACAGGACUUUAUUUCCUCAUCAACGGUGAGAUUACAGUCCACAAGAGGCUCUGGGACAAUGAAAAGCUCACCUUCAGGAAUCAAGCUGUCCAGGCUCUCAGUUCUGGUGAGAUGUUCGGCGAGGUUGGCCUGCUCUUCGAUACGGAGCGUCUCGUCACGUGCGAAACGGCGACCACUUGUGAGUUGUUCUUCGUGACGAGACAAGACUUCGAGGUGCAUCUCCGGACGAUUCUGCAGGAGCAAUGGGAUCAGAAGAAGGAGAUCCUGGACCGUCCAGUCUUUCGUGAAUACUUCCAGAACUUCUCAGACAAGCAGAUUCGCGAAGCUUGUGUGCUAUCAAAGUUGCACAAGUAUGAGCGCGAUGAGAUUGUCUUCCGGGAGGACAAUGGACUCAAGAGCUUCGUGUAUUUCCUCCUGGCCGGGCAGUGUUCCAUCAUUCAGUGUCUCAAAGUUGAUCACUCGCGCAAGCGACCAAGAUUAAUUCCACUCGACAUUAGCGAGAGGCGAAAGUCAGUGAACAUCCUCGACAAGUUGAAGGAUCUGCAGGUGAAGAAGGAGUCUGUGAUUGAGGAGGAUUUUCCCCCUGAAGAGAUUUCCCCGUCAAAUCCAGCGUCUGCCUUCAAUUACUUCGUCGUCGUGGGCGCUUUCAAGACGGGCGCAAUCUUCGGCUUGGGCGAGGAGAUGAACCAUCGCAGUGUUGUGGCCAAGCGCCUGACAGAGUGUCUCCUCCUACCCAGAUACUGGCUCAUGCAGAAGGAGCAGAACAUCGGGAAUAUCUGGAGUCGCACGAAGAUCUAUCUCAAUCUCACGCUACCCUCGCGCGAAGCCACUUUCGAGGAGUUCCUGCGCAAGAGACGCUGGAAGCGCUACAAGAGAGAUCGCAUGAGGGAAUAUCUGGAGACGAAGAGUGACUCCCAGAUCACUGCCCGCCUGGAGGAUGUUCCAAUUCUCUGUCGCAUCGAGAAUGGCUUCUAAAGCCAAUCCCACCGAACGACUUCUUCUUAGUCAAUUUAUUUAGAGUAUAUUUUUCUUGUUUUUUUUUUGUACAGAGAAAUAACAAUUUUCUUAAUGAGUUUUUCCUUUUAACAUUUAAAAACUAUUUUUCAUGGUUGGUAGAUUGUAAGGCAGUCGAUUCUUUUACUGUGUUUUUUGAGUCAUUUGAAUAAAUCAUUGCUCUUGAAACAACAUCUCAUUUAAAUAUCUCUAAUUAGCUCUCAUUCUUCCAGCAUCU